GUAGUGGUAAAUUCCAUUCUAAAAUUUUGAGAGAUUAGGAAUUCUUCUUAUUUUCUUUUUUCUAUCGUUUAAUAAAAAAAGAAAAUUUAAUAAUACGAUUAAUACGUGAUUCGUUCGUUGUUCAAGUUCCAUUUGUUAUGAUACCUGCCUGAAUCAAAUCACUUGUACUUGUAAUAACAAAAUUAUUUUAAGUGCUCUUCACUUCCUUUCAUUUAUGAAUUGGUUAUUCAUAUUGUUCGGUGAUUCAUAAUCAAUUUUGUGUUUGGGCGUAGAUAUUCUACAGUGUCAAAGUAUCCGACAAUAUGAACGCCAUGAAAGCCGAAAACACAAUGAUGUGGCAGAGCUCCAAUUAUCUGACACCCCCAGAUUCGGGAAUUCAGACUGGAAUGGUGACACAAACUCCUUCCAUUAUGGGGAACGAUGAAGAUAUGGAACGUGGAGAAUUGUUCGAUUUAGAUCAGAAUUUCCAACCAGGAUUCACUCAGGAACAAGUCGACGAAAUGAAUCAACAAUUAAGUCAUACGAGAAGUCAGCGUAUUCGUGCUGCUAUGUUUCCGGAAACUUUGGACGAAGGUAUUGAAAUACCUUCUACUCAAUUCAAUCAAGGACAACCAACUGCUGUUCAGCGGCUCUCUGAGCCCAGUCAAAUGCUAAAAGUUGCAGUCGUCAAUUUAAUUAAUUAUCAGGAUGACGCGGAUUUAGCUACUAGAGCUAUCCCAGAGUUGAUUAAAUUGCUCAACGAUGAGGAUCAGGUCGUCGUGUCUCAAGCUGCGAUGAUGGUUCACCAGUUAUCUAAAAAAGAAGCUUCGAGACAUGCUAUUAUGAAUAGCCCUCAGAUGGUGGCAGCUUUGGUUCGAGCCAUAUCGAACAGCAACGAUUUAGAAACUACGAAAGGAGCCGUUGGCACUUUACACAAUUUAUCCCAUCACAGACAAGGACUUUUGGCUAUUUUCAAAAGUGGUGGUAUUCCAGCUUUAGUGAAAUUACUCAGCUCGUCUGUGGAGUCUGUUUUGUAUUACGCUAUUACGACUUUACACAAUUUGCUGUUGCAUCAAGAAGGCUCUAAAAUGGCAGUACGUUUGGCCGGAGGACUUCAAAAAAUGGUCGGCCUAUUGCAAAAAAAUAACGUGAAAUUUCUCACCAUUGUGACAGAUUGUUUACAAAUUCUGGCCUAUGGUAAUCAAGAAUCGAAAUUGAUCAUAUUGGCUUCCGCUGGACCUAGCGAAUUGGUUCGAAUUCUGCGCUCCCAUGAUUACGAAAAACUUUUAUGGACAACGUCUCGGGUCCUCAAAGUAUUGUCCGUAUGCCCGAGUAAUAAACCUGCCAUUGUGGAAGCCGAUGGUAUACAAGCUUUGGCCAUGCAUUUGAAUAGCCCAAGUGAACGUUUGGUUCAAAAUGUUCUAUGGACUUUGAGGAAUCUUUCCGAUGCCGCGACCAAGGUUGAAGGUCUAGACGGACUUUUGCAAUCGUUGGUUUACUUGUUGGAUUCUCCUGACAUCAAGGUUGUCACCUGCGCCGCUGGUGUUCUUUCGAAUUUGACGUGCAAUAAUCAGAGAAAUAAAAUAAUUGUGUGCCAAUGCGGCGGUAUCACCGCAUUAAUAAAAACAAUUGUCAACGCUGGCGAUCGUGAAGAAAUAACUGAGCCAGCGGUAUGUGCAUUACGUCAUCUGACGUCUCGUCACGUGCAAUCAGAAGCGGCCCAAAGCGCGGUUCAAAAUAAUUACGGAAUUCAAGUAAUAGUGAAAUUGCUCCUUCCUCCGAGUAGAUGGCCACUUAUCAAAGCCGUUAUCGGUCUGAUACGAAAUCUUGCUCAAUGUCAAGCUAACCAUGCUCCUUUACGUGAAUACGAAGCAAUUACACAUUUGAUUAGAUUGCUCAUUAGAGCAUUCGGUAAUACGCAACGACAAAGAUCAAGUGUGGCUAGCAGUGGUAGCCAACAACCAGACAUGUAUCCUGCAGAUGGUAUCCGUAUGGAGGAAAUUAUCGAAGGGGCUGUUGGUGCUCUACAUAUCUUGGCUCGAGAUUCGAUGAACAGAGCUAUUAUUCGAUCUCAUUCGGUUAUUCCGAUUUUCGUGCAAUUAUUAUUUAAUGAUAUAGAAAAUAUCCAACGCGUCGCUGCCGGAGUACUUUGCGAAUUAGCUAUUGAAAAAGAAGGCGCUGAAAUGAUAGAACAGGAAGGUGCUACUGCUCCGUUAACGGAGUUACUUCAUUCGCGUAACGAAGGCGUUGCCACUUAUGCCGCAGCUGUUCUCUUCAGAAUGUCCGAGGAUAAACCUCAAGAUUAUAAAAAAAGAUUGAGCAUGGAAUUAACUCAUUCACUGUUUCGUGAAGAACAAAACGUAUGGCCACCAGGAGGUGAUCUUGGUGUCGGGCCUGAUUUACAAGAUAUGUUAGGUCCCGAUGAUUAUAACAUCUACGGCCCUCCAAGCGUUCGCAGUGUGCACAAUUAUCCGGGGUACGAUACGAUACCCGUCGAGAUGUCAGGAUUAGAAAUCGGCGGAUCUAUGGGGUUGCCUGAUUUUACACAUUUGGACGAACUACCACAACCGCCUCAAGAUAAUAAUCAAGUUGCGGCUUGGUAUGAUACUGAUUUGUAAACGGUCGUGACUUACGUUAUUAUUUGAUGCGCCUCGUUUAUUGUAUACUUGUGUUAAUUUCUAAGUACAUAUUUAUUUUUAUAAAUUUACUUUUUUUAUAUUCAUACUUUUUUUUAAAAUUUUGUCAUUUAUAUGGGAGCAUUUAAUAUUAAUUUUUAUAGUUCAGCAUUAUUUAUGUAGUAUGUACAUAUUAGAAUAAAAUUUUUUCAUAAGUUUGUAA